AUGCCUCUCCACGCCGCGGUUCGCGUGCUCUGCGUCGGCCCGAACCCGGCGCUCCAAAAGGUGCUCUCCUUCCCGAGCAACGUCGAGCUCGGCGGCGUGAACCGUGCCGCGUCGUGCGACACGUACGUGGGCGGCAAGGGUCAGGGCGCCGCCCUGGCGCUCCACCGCUGGGCGGGAGGCAGCGGCGCGACGACCGGCGUGGCUCAAUUCCUCGGCGGCGGCUCCGGCGACUUUGUGGACGCCGAGCUGAAAGCGGCCGGCCUGGCCACGCUCACCACUCGCGUGGGCGCUGCGACCCGGACGUGCACGACGCUGCUCGACGAGGCCAACAAGGGCGCUCCGACCGAGCUGAUCGAGCCCUCCGGAGCGGUAUCGGAGGCCGAGCUCGCCUCUCUGCUCGCCGCCCUCGACCAGGCGGCGCAAAACUACGACGCGUUUGCGCUCUGCGGCACCACGCCGCCCGGCGCGGGAGAGCUGUACGAGCGCGUCUGCUCCCUCCUCCUCGCGCGAGCGGACGGCGCGGACCCGCUGCUGCUGCUCGACGGCUUCAAGGGCGUCGAGAGGGUCCUCGCCUCGCGCCGUCUCGACAUCCUCAAGCUCAACCUCGACGAGCUCCUCGCGCUGACAGAGAGGAGCGACGCCGACGCCGCCGCCGCCGAGCUCUUCGCCACCGUCCUCACCCGGCCGGGAUGCGUGCUGGCCGUGACCGACGGCCCGCGUCCCGCGCUCAUCUUCCUCGCGGGCGGCGGCUCCGCCUCGCUGCGCGUGCCAGAGAUCCGCUGCGUCAACGCCAUCGGCGCGGGCGACGUCUGCACCAGCAUCUUCCUGUACCAUGCGGCCGUGGCGCGCGAGGCGGGGCCGCUCGACCUCGACGCUGCGGCGUCCGCCUUUGCGUGGGGCCUGGCCGCCGCGUGCGCGCGCUGCCUGCAGGAGCUUCCCACCUUUGAGCAGGCGGCCGUGCACGCGAUGAGGGAGAGGAUCGUGAUUGAGCGCCGAGGCUAG